AUGCCGUGGGGCGGUGGCGGUGGAAGCAAGAACACGCUUGGGGGAAACCCUGGGCGCAUCAGCAGGAUGGCUGGGGACCUUCCGCCAGACACAUCAGAGGGCCACAAACCAGCCUCGCUCAACCUCACAGCGGUGCUCAUGGGCCGGGGGGCACGGGUGGCUUCUUCGCAAGGCAUCAAUGCGCAUCGGGCACCCAUGCCUGGAGCUCCAACAUCUGCCUUGAGUUCUCUGCCCACCAAUUGGAAGAUGCCGGAUUGGAUCAAGCCCGACGCGCACAUUUGUUAUAAUUCGCGAAGCACCGGCGAAAAGGUCGAGGUCGUGGUGGAGAUGGUGAACACUGCCAAACAGGAGGUGGAGGUGACUGGUGUCAGCAUGCCAGGAUUUCUCAGAGUGAUUCCCUUCAGCGUCAUCGCCAGUGCCAUGAAUCCGCUCUUCCCGCCUGAGGCAUUGCCGAAGGGAGAGGAAGAUGGCGACCAGGUGGAGGGCCCCGAGGCCGAGAAAGAAGCCGUGGACUUGACCCGCGAGCGCAGCCGAAGUCGUUCGGGGAAACGGUGA